AUGUCACAAGGCCAAGUUGAACAUUUAAAUCAAACAGUUGAAUGUGGAUUUACUAAAAUGUUUUGGAAUGAAGACCUGCACCUACAAAAUGUUAACUGGAAAGAUUAUUUACUAAAAUUUGUUUUUUCUUAUAAUACUAUUCAGCAUAGUGUAAAUGAAAAGAUCUCCUGUGAAGUACUAUUUGGUUAUAAACUCCUUGACAUAACAAAUCAUCUUAAGAAGGUUUCAACUCUUCAUGAUCAGGUUAACAAGCAACUUGACAAAUCUAGAAAGCAAAUGCAAAAACAUUCAAGUGUUCACCAUCACAAUAAUCUUUAUAAGCCUUAUCAGCUAGUUGCCAUAGCUCCUAAUACUAAUAUGAACCCAACAACUCAAAAAAGAAAACUUCAAACCAACUUCAAGAAUAUUGGAACUAUUGUUGGUAUUAUAAACAAUAACAAGACCAUUGUUGUUGAAACUUCUAAUACCGUAUCACCUAUGUUAGCCACAUUACCUUUGUUAGUCACAUCACCUUUGUUAGAUAUAUCACUUUUGUCAGUCACAUCACCUUCUUUAGCUGAAUCAUCUCUAUUAGCUGCAUUGUCUCUGUUAUUUGUACCAUCAUUCUAA